AUGGAUGUCGAAAAGAGGACCGAAGCCUUCGUUUCCCGCAAUGGUGCGGCCGUCACCGGACAAGAUGGCGACGAGACAGACAACUCCAGCACUAUCCCGCCGCCCAUGACAACUCCGUACCCCGAGCCGACGUUCGAUGACCGAAAGGCAUGGAUCACCGUCGUCGCGUCUUCGUUGACGAUGUUUGUUUACCUGGGAAACGUCUACUCCUGGGGCAUCAUGCAAGUCAGACUAGUCGAGACCACGUCGUCAAGUCUGACAACCUUGACGUUUGUUGGUUCCCUCGCGACAUCGUUCAUGAUCUGCUUCAGCAUCUUAUCCGACAAGAUCGUAUGUAGGAUAGGAUACAGAUUAUCGGCGUUGAUCGGAGGGUUCUUCAUGGGUCUUGGAGAGGUUCUUGCGAGUUUCCUGACACACCAUGUUAUCGCUCUCUUCUUCCUACACGGGCUCGUCUUUGGUCUCGGAGGUGGAUUGUGUAUCUUUUCUGUUUCCACCGCACCGAUGAGCCUAUUCAAGAAGCACAAGGCACUGGCAAUGGGCUUCGUGUUCGGUGGAGGAAGCCUCGGAUCCGCAAUCAUGAGCGUCGUCACCAACUAUCUGGUCAAGGAUCUGGAUGUCGCAUGGACCUUCCGCAUCCUCGGCUUCAUCCUGUGGGGAGUGUCGAUGCCAGCCUCCUACUUCCUCCCAUCGAGAAAGAGACUGGGCAACAAGAGUUCGCGCCAACUACAGUGGUAUCGCUUCAAACAACCCCGUUUUCUCUUGCUCGUCGGCGGCACAGUCCUCGCUUGCUUCCCUCUUUUCAUCCCGCCUUACUUCAUCCCCAUCUUCUCUCGAUCGAUGGGAUACUCCAAGGAGAUUGGAGUCAUCAUCCUUGCUGCUUGGAACCUGGCGUCUACUCUCGGUCGUGUCGUCGCUGGCUGGGUGGCUGACUCAGUGCUGGGCCCCGUUGAGAGCCUCGCAAUCUGCAUGCUCUUCAUGGCCCUCAGCUCGCUGGUUGUCUGGCCCUUGUCAUCAUCUAUCGGCAUCUUUUCCAUCUACCUUAUCUUUAACGGCAUUGGCUGCGGCGCAUUCUUCAGCCUGACUCCCAUUGCGGUCAGUUCUACCUUCGGUGGAGAGAACACGCUGAGCAUCAUCCCAGUCGUAUGGACGACUUGGUUCUGUGGAUUCUUCUUUGGUACCCCUAUUGCAUCCGGUCUCUACUCAUUGUCUGGUCGCUCAGACGGCCUCGAGGCGUUUCGUCCAGCCGCGUACUACGCCGGAGCAAUGGCACUGGCUGGGUUUGCCUGCGUUCUGGGAAUUCGGUUCACUCGGUCUAGACCGGCCCCCGAAGAAAAGGUAUGA